AUGGACGAGGGACAAUGGUGUUUGAUCGAAUCCGAUCCCGGUGUCUUCACCGAUUUGAUCAGGAAUUUCGGAGUGACUGGAGUGCAAAUCGAGGAGCUGUAUUCGUUGGAUGAUGAGGCGUGUUCGCACUUGAAACCGAUUCACGGACUGAUUUUUCUCUUCAAGUGGAGAGCUGGCGAUGAGCCGAUGGGGCAACCAGCGAAGGAUACCGAUCAGAUCUACUUUGCGCAACAGGUGAUCACGAACGCGUGUGCCACUCAAGCGAUUAUCAACCUUUUGUUCAAUGUGAACCACGAAGAUGUGAAACUUGGUCAGAUUCUCUCCGACUUCAAGUCAUUCACAAAGGAUUUCACUCCCGCCGAUCGAGGACUCGUGCUCGGCAACUCGGAACAAAUUCGCACCGUGCACAACAGUUAUGGUCGUACGCAAUUGUACGAGGUUCUUCAACCGCCGCCAACGAAAGACGAUGAUAUCUACCAUUUUGUCGCUUAUGUCCCAAUAAAGGGGAAAGUCUACGAAUUGGACGGAAUGCGAGAGUCGCCACUUGAAGUUGGAGUGAUCACUGAUGGGCAAGAAUGGAUGGAUGUGGUGAGACCGGUGAUCAAUCAACGAAUUGCAAAGUUUUCGCAAGGAGAGAUUCAUUUCAAUUUGCUUGCUAUGGUCAAAGACCGCAAAAUGAAGCUUCAGGAACAGUUGGAGAUUUUGGGCGAUGCGGCUGAUCCAACAGAGAUUGCUCAUCUGCACGAGGAAUUGAACGCCGAACAUGAAAAGGAUGCACGACAGAAGUUGGAGAAUAAACGACGCCGUCACAAUUAUAUUCCAUUCAUCGUCGAAUUACUUCGUGUGCUUGCAAAAGAAGAGCUAUUGGUGCCGCUUGUCAAGGAAUCGAUCGAGAAGCGACGGGUUGAGGAAAUCGCCAAGAAACAAAUCAAAACCGAAAUGAAAAUGGAA